GCCUGCCACGGCCACCGCCGCUUCUCGAAUCAUGGCGACCGCUUCGGCGGUAGAAUCCGCCUCGUGCCCGAAGAAGCUGACGCUCUACUCCUACUGGCGGAGCUCGUGCUCGCACCGAGUCCGGAUCGCGCUUAAUCUCAAAGGGUUGGAUUACGAGUACAAGGCCGUGGAUCUAUCCAAGGGCGAGCAGUUCAAUCCAGAAUUCGAGAAGCUUAAUCCAGUUAGGUUUGUGCCUGUAUUUGUGGAUGGUGAUGUAGUAGUUGCAGACUCGUUUGCUAUCAUAUUGUAUUUAGAAGACGAGCACCCUCAAUUUCCACUUCUGCCUCGAGAUCUGAAAAAGAAAGCCCUCAAUCUCCAGGUAGCAAAUAUCAUUAGUUCAAGUAUCCAGCCACUUCAGAUGCUUUCUGUAUUGAAUUUCAUUGAGGAAAAAAUCAGUUCUGACGAGAAAGUUGCAUGGGCUCAGCGUCACAUCAACAAUGGAUUCACUGCAAUAGAAAAAUUGUUAGAAGGCUCUGCUGGGAAAUAUGCUACAGGAGACAAAGUACAACUGGCAGACGUGUUUCUGGCACCUCAGAUAUAUGUCGGAAUAACACGUUUCCAGAUUGAUAUGUCUCAGUACCCUAAGUUAGCCAGAAUCUAUGAAGCGUAUGCUGAACUGCCUGCAUUCCAAGCUGCCCAUCCGAAGAGGCAACCAGAUGCAUUUAUAUUUGAUCGAAGGGAAAAAAAAAAAUAGUACAUGUUUGUACUGCUGCUUCUGUUGUAUACUUGGAAGACUAAAAGAAACUGCUUGACACAAAAGUUUCAUGUGCACGACAAAUCUGCGAGCAAUCUGCAAAGACUUUUACCAAGGUGGUGCAUCCUAUCACAAAAUGCUUUCUGCAGUCAAGGGAUGUAAUUGGAAUGGCAGAAAACUGCUCUACAUGGUACAUAGCUGCACUUCCAUGUGCCUUUUCUUUGCCAUAUGCAUUGUAUCAUGUGUUUUUUAGCAAAAGAUUUAAUUUGUUUGUAGAAGGUAAUUUUGGAAUAUAAGACCAUGGUUGUUUAAUUAAGGUGUGGUUGAUUUAAAAGGUAAAAAACACAGGGGUUCUCUGCA